CACUCCAGCAUCAGCUCCUGCUCACUCCGACACGGCCAUGUCCUUCGCAUCCUCCUCCGCACCCACGCCCGCGCGCCUUCUCUCCGCGCUCGAGGCACAGCUGGCCGCGGGCGGCGGCAGUGCGCCGGCGCCCGGCAGCUGGGCCGAGAUGCAGCUGCGCAUGGGCCUGGCACAGCUGCAGACGCUGCUGCGCUCCCGCGCCAGCGAGGCCGACGAGCGUGUGCGCACGGCACGGCUGGAGAAGGUGCUGGCGGGAAGCACAUCGACACUGGCGCCCAGCACUCCACGUCGCCCGAGUCGCUCGCCGUCCGCUGCAUCCGCGCUCUCUCUCAACGCUGGAAGCAGCGCGCAUGCCAGCCAGCGCGCGACUCGCGCAUAUCUGCUCGCCGGGCUGUCCGACUCCGAGUCGGAAGGGAGCAUCAGCGACUCUGAGGACGAGCGCAACGGGCGCUCGACGGCCUCUACGUCUCUCGCGCAGUCUCCUCGCGCGGAUGCUGCGGCAUCGUUGGCGCCGGGACAGCAAACGCUGAAGCGCAAGCCGAGCAUCACCAUCACAGACAUGGACCGCGCUCCAGGCCAAGCGCGAGAGCUGGACGAGGAUGAGAUGGCCGGCGCGUCGGCGGACGAGGAGGCGGGCGACGAGUGGGACGAGUACGAGGCUGCCACGGCCGCACGCCGCGCUGCGCCGAGCACAGAGUCUGCUCUCCAAGAGCAGGUGGAGGAGAAGCCGGCGAAGGAAGACGCGAUGGCGUCGGACCGCGCGGUCCACGACUCGCUCACGUCGGAGCUGCUGCGCAUGGCCGGCGUGCUCAAGGCCAACUCGAUUGCCUUUGGCGAGGCGCUGGAGCGCGACCGCCGCAUUAUCGAGCAGGCGGGCGAGAAGCUGGAGCACAACCUGGACCUCAUGACGCGCACGCGCGGCCGCCUGGGCGAGUACGCCAAGAAGGCGCGCGGCCUGGGAUGGGCGACGCUCGGCGCCGUGCUGGCCGUGUGCUUCAGCUGGGUGUUCAUGUUUGUCCUCAUCAAGCUGACGUGAGAGGCGAUCGCGAAUGCAUCGAUGC